CUCACGCGAUUUCUCAUGUUCCAUUUCUGUUAUUAUUACGCAUGAGUGUGACGUAUAACAUUAUAAAGCGACGUCUACAAUGAGACUUUAAGAGGCGUAGAUUUAGAAAUUGACCAAUCGCAAUCGAUUAUUCUUCUAUAAAUUGAUUAUGAUUGGCCAAUUUCUUAAGCCUUACGUCUUAAAAUCUCGUUGUAGACGCCGCUUAAGUGAUAGUGUUUGUUUGGUUAAGGAUAGAUAGAUCAAUCUUCUUCUUUUCUUUGAAGGACAAUUUCAGCGAGAUCGUCUUUUCAAAUUUGUCGUUAUAACACAUUUCCAACAUGAUAAAGCAUAAAUUACCGAAAGAUUGGAUUGUUGUUAAUUCUAAAAGUCAUCCGGACAGAAUAUAUUACUUCAAUGUGAAAACAAAUAAGUCUUCGUGGACUCAGCCAACAUUGGAUUCAGCUAACGACACUGAUGAGACAUUGCCAGCAAAAAAAACGUAAAAUUGACGAAGGAAAGGCACAUUGCAGUGCUAUAACACCUGAACACAGUAUUGAGAAAGGAAAAUCAAUCUCUCAUGAAUCAAAUGACAAAGUUGUAGAAACACCACAGAUGAAAUUAAUUAGAGCAAAAAUGCUGCAAAGAGUAUCUGCCAAAAAUAAAUCUUCUGUCUUAUCAUCAGAUGUGUUGAAUGUAAAGUUGGCAAGAAAAAACUCUUCCUCAAAAUUAAAGGAUAGCAAAUCAGUAUCAAAGGAUGAUGAGUCAGUAUCUCAAAAUAAAAAAGAUAAAGAAACACCACAAAUGCGUUUUUUUUAUGAAAAAAUUCAGUGGAAAAAGAAAAAUUUACCUAUUUCAAAUAAAAAUCUAUUAUCAAAGCAAAAUGUUAAACAGCAAGAUUCAAACAUCACAAGUCAAAAAGCAAUGAAGACAUGGGAAAAAGAUGUACGACGCCGAGAAAAUAUUGAUCGGAAUAAGAACAAUAUUGAGUGCCAUGUUUCAAAAGGAAGAGAACAGAAGUCUUUCUUAAAGAAAAAUUUGGCCAUGGAACGUAUGCACAAAUUAAGAAGGAAUAUGAAUUUUGACAAGGAAAAAUUAAAAGAAAUAUGUCAUUCUAAUUUGGUCAUCACAAAACCUCCACAAAAAUCUAGUAAAAGUUCAUCCAAUAUAUCUGGUAAUGACAGUUUAGGAACAUCUUGUCUUUAUAGAAAUGUUGAAUUUAGACUUAAAAGAUUACAUAAUAGAAUUAUAAAAAAUACAAUAUGUGAAAAAAAUGUAUUAAAUGAUGAGAAAUCACAAGAUCGACAAGACAGCAGACCAAAUAUUGAUAAUACAACAAAAGAUAAAUUAUUAAAACAAGCUAAACAAGAAAUUUUAGAUGAAGAAAUGGAUUGGGAACCAAUAAAGGAUGAGCAAAUUGCACUGGAGGUGGAAGUUGCCAGAACACAACUCAAUGGUAGAGGAAAUCCAAAUGAAAAGAAUUAUAUAUUGGAUAAUAAUAAUAUAGAAUUGACACAAUCUAAUAAAAUGGAAUUACAAAAAAGUCCACUUUACAUUGUUGUAGACACAAAUGUAUUCUUGUCGAAUCUCGAAGUUAUAGAAGAAGUAAGAGAUGCGACAUUUAAAAAUUACCCGCGUCCUUUUAUUGUGAUACCAUGGACAGUUAUAUGUGAAUUAGAUUAUUUUAAGGAUAACAAAUCUAAAUGUGAAUUAUCGACAAGAGCCAGGAAAGCUAUAAGCUUCAUCCAUGAUCAAUUUUCUUCUAAACAUCCUCGUAUCAUAGGACAAACGCGAGAACAAGCGGCAAAAAAUAAGGAAGACUUUUCUUUGAAUUGUCCAGAUGAUGAAAUUUUACAAUGUUGUUUACAGAUUUGUCAGUUACAAAAAUCAGUGGUACUGUUAUCAUAUGAUAAAAAUCUUUGUACUAAAGCCAUGAUAUAUAAUAUAUUGUCAUUAGGGCGUGAAGAUCCUCUUGAAAAAAUAGACUUUUUUAAUGUUAAUAAUACAGUAACCAAUGAUUUGAAUGGUCCUAUUAAAAACUCUAUCUUUACUGAAGAGUUACGCUUAACAGAUGAUAUUUUUGAAAAUAUAAAGACGAUUAUGAAAAAUUUCUUGUCAACAAUUGUAACAAAACAAAUGUCGGAAAUUUAUGGAGAGGAAGAGUGGAAGAUAUAUGUUAUUAUAAAGCCACCUUGGACCAUAGUAACUGUGUUAAAGUGCGCUAUAAAACACUGGAUUGCUGCUAUAAAUGAAUCGUUUCAAAGAUGUGCUGAAUAUGUAUUGAAAGAAUUACUUGACGCUUUUGUACAUUUGCCAGUUGGUGGCAGGAAAUUGCAAGAUGUAGAAUAUAUUCUAGAAAAAUGUAGCUAUUUGGUACAAAUGGUUAAUAUGGAUAAGUACAGUGAUCUAAUGACGCAAACGUUCAAUGAUAUUACGGAAUUGAAGAAGAAAUGUAUGAAGUGUAUUGCUGAUAUUGAUUUGAAAAAAUUACAUGACAAAAUAGGUAUCGUGGAAAAUGAUCAGGAACAAGAAAUGAGAGCGGGAAAGGCGUUUCAAUGUUUCCAGCAUAUCUAUAAUUAUGCACGUGAUUUCUGUGGCUUGGCAUGCAGCAAUGCAGGAACGGUACUUUCUUUUACUUUUAAAUCUAUCGAGCCACCGUUAUCAAAUGCACUUGUCCAAACUUUGCAACCGGAAAUUACAAGAAAAGUGAUUGAUUUAACACAGAGUUUAAACAAAUUAUUGGUGCAGACUGAAGAUUCUAUAAAAUAUCAGACAUUACUUAAUUUGCAGCAAAAUAUGAACACAUUUUUGCUUGACGUAGAUAAAACAAUAUUUGAUGUGACACCUUUGGAUAUAUAUUAUUGUGUAAAAUUGAAAGAAGAAGCAUUAAAGACUGGAUUAAGGCAGCUUCAGGAAUUAACUUCGCAUCUUUGUGCAUUAGCAACGCGUACAUAAUUGUACUUAACUGUAUAUAUUUUGUAAAUUAUAUUCCUAGUGUUUAAGAAUAUGAAUAUUUACAAACAUGUACAUAUACAUUUAUUAACGGUAAUAAUAAUAAUGAAAAAUGUUAAGAUAAUAUCAAUUUUAUAAUUUGACUGUGAUAUUAACGGUAUCAAUGGAACUUACUAUAGCAUUUACAAUAAUCAACUAAUAAUUUUUGGAUUUUUGGAAAAAUA